AGGGUGCCUCGGACUGUCCAUCAUUUUAAAGGGUGCCUCGGGACUGUCCAUCAUUUUAAAGGGUGCCUCGGGACUGUCCAUCAUUUUAAAGGGUGCCUCGGGACUGUCCAUCAUUUUUUAAAGGGGUGCCUCGGGACUGUCCAUCAUUUUAAAGGGUGCCUCGGGACUGUCCAUCAUUUUAAAGGGUGCCUCGGGACUGUCCAUCAUUUUAAAGGGUGCCUCGGGACUGUCCAUCAUUUUAAAGGGUGCCUCGGGACUGUCCAUCAUUUUAAAGGGUGCCUCGGGACUGUCCAUCAUUUUAAAGGGUGCCUCGGGACUGUCCAUCAUUUUAAAGGGUGCCUCGGGACUGUCCAUCAUUUUAAAGGGUGCCUCGGGACUGUCCAUCAUUUUAAAGGGUGCCUCGGGACUGUCCAUCAUUUUAAAGGGUGCCUCGGGACUGUCCAU